GGAGAUUCGCGAAAAACUUGAAAGUCCCUUGGUGGCCGCCGUACUUCUACUCUGCGUUUUCAGGCAGUGCUAGCUAUUAAGUAACGCGGUAACAAAUGGCAGAAUAUUCGCACGUGAAGUCAACUAAAUUGGUAUUGAAAGGUCAGAACAAGGGUAAAUCAAAGAAACACAAGGAAAAGAAGAGGAAGGCCACAGAAGACGAUGUAAAGCCUGAUGUAAAAGACGGUUGGUGGUUAGUACGAAAAUUUGGAGACAUCACUGGAUUAGUUGCAAUUGAAAUGCACAGCAACUCGUAUGUCCAUGCACUGGACACUGGACUUUUCACAAUCGGUGCACCACACAAUGAUGAUGAAGGACCAGAUCCACCAGAGCAGUUCACUGCCAUAAAGCUCUCAGACACACGACUGGCCUUCAAGUCUGGAUAUGGGAAGUACCUGGGCAUCAACUCUGAAGGUUUGGUGGUGGGGCGCUCUGAUGCAAUUGGUUCUAGGGAACAAUGGGAACCAGUCUUUCAAGAGGGCAAAAUGGCCCUGAUGGCAGCAAAUAGCUGCUUCAUCUCUUACAGUGACAGCGGGGACAUUGUUGCUAAGAGCAAGGCGGCAGGGGACGACGAGAUGGUGAAGAUCAGAUCGAGUGCAGAAAGAGAGGUCAAGCAUAAAGAUGACCUGGCAGAGGAGGACAGGGGCAACGUGAAGUCCUGCGAGAUCAGUUAUGUGAAAAAGUUUCAGAGUUUUCAGGAUCGUAGACUCAGAGUUAACGAAGGUGAUGCCACUGUGUUAAAGAAGGCCAGAAAGGAUGGGAUGUUUCACGAGGCGUUGCUGGACAGGAGAAGCAAAAUGAAAGCAGAUCGAUACUGCAAGUGAAGACGCAAUGUUUAUGGAAGACAGUCGGUGUUAUAUUUAGCAGUUUUCUUGCAUUCUCUUUUUAAUAAAAUUUUAAAUUUGUUUUUGUUU